AUCGUUAUCGUCAGCUGUUACGUAGCGUGUUGAUUACGUUGCUUGUCGCAGAAAAGUUUUCCUUAUUUUCGCGGGCGAAAAACAAAGUUUUCCCUCCUCAAAAUGUCAGUGCCAUUCAGCGGCGCCCUCCGCAAGUCGGGCGGCAUUGUCUCCGCCAUUGGCAAGCAGCUGAAGAGCGUCAACUUGAAGGGCGUGAAGCGGAUAACGGUGCAGUUCGAUCCAUUUGCGGAAAAUGUUAAGUCGACACGCGAGUUCCUCUUCCUGCUCUCCACACCGAAGGUGGCCCAAACGAAUCCCAAGUGCGUGGUCAAGUCGGACAUUGUGUGCGAUCGCCAGCCGUCUUGCAUUAAGUUUGCGUUAAUCGACUCGGCGCAAGAACAAGCCAAAGUGAAGGAGAUUCGCUUCAACAGCGAUAAUUUGAACACAUUAGAGCUCCUGCAGCUGUGCAACAGACACGUUUCCAGCUUGGCACCCGUUGAGGAGAUAACCAACAAGGUCCUAACCAAGGCGGAGAAACAGAAGCUGGGAGGCGGUGCCGGUGCUGGCAAGAAGGCAGCCAAAAAGAAGUAGAGCGUCAUGGUCAAGAAAAACAAGGGGACGCUGGCGGUGAUCGAGCAGAUCUACCAGGAUAUACCAGCCUUUUCCGACAUCUUCACGGAGGAGACCUUCUACAUGUUCGCCUUCUGUUUCGUUUGCGCCACCAUCCUGAUGGCGUUCAUUCUCUCCCGGUUCAUCACCAUCAAGCCCGUCGACUUCUGAGACAAAGUUUCUGUUUU